GCGACCACUCGCCGGGCCCCACCACGACACUGACCGCCUCUCCCCUUAUAAACACACGGCCCGGCAGGCUCAGCUCUGGGGCAACGAGACGAAACACACACCGUGGAAAGAACCACCACCCGAUCGAAAGAACCGUGAGAUCGAUCCCACCCGCGAACGCCCGAGACGCGACGUGGUCCAAUGGAGAACGGCUCGUGCUGCAACGGCAAUGGCUCGGCGGCGGCGGGGCGCCCGCCGCACGUGGCGAUGCUGGUGACGCCCGGGAUGGGCCACCUGAUCCCGCUGGCGGAGCUGGCCAAGCGCCUGGCGUCCCGGCACGGGGCCACAGCCACGCUCAUCACGUUCGCGUCCACGGCCUCCGCCACGCAGCGCGCGUUCCUCGCGUCGCUGCCCCCGGCCGUGGCGUCGCUCUCUCUGCCGCCCGUCGACCUCUCCGACCUGCCCCGCGGCGCCGCCAUCGAGACGCUCAUGUCCGAGGAGUGCGCGCGCUCCGUCCCGGCACUCACGGACAUCCUCGUCCGCCUCAAGAAGACCACCCGGCUCGUCGCGUUCGUCGCCGACCUCUUCGGCGCGGAUUCGUUCGACGCCGCGCGGGACGCGGGGGUGGCGCGGAGGUACCUCUUCUUGCCGACCAAUCUACACGGGCUCACGCUCAUCCUCCACCUCCCGGACCUCGACGUCUCGAUCCCUGGCGAGUUCCGGGACCUCGCCGAGCCGCUCCGGCUGCCCGGGUGUGUGCCCAUCCCGGGGCCGGACAUCCUCAUGCCGCUCCAGGACAAGUCCAACCCGUGCUAUAAAUGGAUGGUCCACCACGGCGCCAAGUACCGCGAAGCCGAUGCCAUCCUCGUCAACUCCUUCGACGCCGUUGAGCCGGAGCCGGCCAAGAUCCUGCGCCAGACGGAGCCGGGACGCCCGGUUGUGUACCCCAUCGGCCCGCUCAUACAGACGGACAGCACCGCGUCGUCGCCGCGCGCGGCGUGCCUGGAGUGGCUCGACCGGCAGCCGGCCAAGUCGGUCAUCUUCGUCUCCUUCGGCUCCGGCGGCUCGCUGCCGACGGAGCAGAUGCGCGAGCUCGCGCUCGGGCUGGAGCUCAGCGGCCAGCGCUUCCUGUGGGUGGUGCGGAGCCCGAGCGACGAGGGCGCCGUGAACGACAACUACUACGACGCCGAGAGCAAGAAGGACCCCUUCGCGUACCUGCCGGAAGGCUUCGUCGAGCGCACCAAGGACGUGGGCUUCCUGGUGCCCUCAUGGGCUCCGCAGACGAAGGUGCUGGCCCACGAGGCCACGGGCGGGUUCCUGACGCACUGCGGGUGGAACUCGGUGCUCGAGAGCCUGGUGCACGGCGUGCCGAUGGUGGCGUGGCCGCUCUACGCCGAGCAGAAGCAAAACGCGGUGAUGCUGUCCGAGGGCGUCGGCGCCGCGAUACGGGUGCCGGAAGCGAAGGGGAGGGAGAAGAUCGCGUCAGUAGUAAAGGAGGUGAUGGAAGGAGAAGGCAAAGGCGCCACGGUGCGAGCGAAGGUGGUGGAUCUACAAAAGGCCGCGGCGGAGGGCCUUCGCGACGGAGGCGCCGCCGCGGCCGCUUUGGCCGAGGUGGUGGGGAAAUGGACAGAGGGAGAUAACUAGACGCCGAGGGAGUACAAGGAGCAAUCCUCCGCCAUCUCGUCCCUACGGUUUGUUCAAUAUUUUUAUUUUAAACUUUCAAUUGUAAGUUGUAAUUUGUAAAGUAUUUUAAACUUUAGCAAUUUAAUUCAUGCAUAAUAUGGAAUAUAAUAUGAAAUGUAUGUGUUGCAUGCACCAUCAA